AUGACAACUUAUUUCAUGUGUUUGUUAUUAGCAAUCGCUCUAUUUUCACUUCUAUGUAUAAAUGUUAACAGUCAAGAAUUACAACUAGUUAAUCACACAUCUGAAAGCACAGCCUCACAUCGCACAAAUCACACUAAUGACCGUAGGGAAACGGUUAUAAGAGAUAACACAACUAGACAUUCACGGGAAAAGAGCAAAGAUUCACAUUCAAGUUCAAGUGGUGAUGUCGGAUUCCAAUCUUCACAACGAAAAUUCCAACUGAAAUACGCAAAUCAAAGAAAAAGUGAUAUUUAUACUAACGGUUACCAAACAUUCCUCGGAAAACGUAGACGAGGCAGUAAAUCACAUGUGAAAACCAUAUUCAGAAAACGUUCUAGCUACGAUCACAAUGAUCAAAAGAAACGAAGUUCCAUAUUCGAAAGUUAUGGUGAGGCAGACAGUUUCGACAGAAAGAAAAUACGUGAUGUGUUCGAUGUGAAUGGAUACAUAUCAGAGGGUCGGAAGCGUACUAAACUCGGUGGAUACAUCCAAGAAGAUCGACAUGCGUUUGUGUCAGGUGGACAUAAGUCGCAAGCUUCUCGAAAUGAUAGGAAAUCUAGUGAGAGUGGAAGCCGCUCUGUGAAAGAAACUGGUAAUCAAGGAUCUGUUACUCGCAAUUUCAAAGACUUUCAAAGGACUGCAAACAUUACUACACCGCGACGUCGAAAAUGA